UUGGAGAGUUUCAUCGAAAUUUGCGCUCUUGCGAAAUCCCCUCACAAUGCUCUACCGUCUGCCACACGGAGAAGAUGGAAAGAAAAUUCUGAUCCGUAUUUUGAAUAAAAUAAAAUUCCGUGAGAAACGAAGUGAAUUUUUUAUCACACUCGUGAAGCAACGCCAAGACACGCGCGUGAAUUCUUUUUUAUUUUAGUGAAAACGAGAAUUGAAUCUGAGAUGGACGCUUAACCAUAUCGGUCUUCCCUGCCCAAUUUUGUUGUGAAAAAAAUAAAUUAGAAAAGGUGAUUGAGUGGUGUGUAGUGGAGCUUAAUUUGGGAUUUCUUUUCAUCCAGAAGGAAUAAAUUCUCAAAAGAAGGAGAAUUAUAAAUUUUGCAAUAUGGUAGAAGCUGUUCCAGCCCGGGGAAAUGUGCUCGGAAGCCUCAUUCCGGCACGAUACAUUCUGGCCCUCUUGGGCUCCAUCGGAAUGGCAAUCAUCUACGGACUGAAGGUGAACCUCAGUGUAGCUAUGGUUGCAAUGCUAAAUCACACAGCUCUCGCUCAAGCCAGUCAUGAUGCCUUCAAUGGCACAACCAGCAUCUCACCUGCAGACGAUAGUUGCAAAGGUGAUGAUUCACAUGAAGCUGUUGAGGAUGGACCAUUUACAUGGAGUGAACCCCUUCAGGGCACAAUCCUCAGCUGCUACUUCUGGGGCUACUUCAUCUCCCAAAUCCCCGGAGCGCGAAUUGCGGAGCUGCUCUCUGCAAAAUGGGUCAUGUUCUUCUCUGUGGCCAUCAAUGUGGUCUGCACCCUCCUAACUCCAAUCUCAGCUGAAUGGCACUAUGUGGCUGUUAUUGCAAUGCGCGUGGGUGAAGGUAUCGGUGGGGGUGUAACCUUCCCUGCCAUGCACGUCAUGAUUGCCUCAUGGGCCCCACCCAAUGAGAGAAGCGUCAUUUCUGCCAUUAUUUACGCUGGAACUGCUUUAGGUACGGUCAUCUCAAUGCUAAUGGCUGGUCAAUUGGCAGCUAAUUGGGGUUGGGAAUCCGUCUUCUACGUCAUGGGCUUCCUGAGUGUUGUCUGGAUGGUUCUCUGGGUGUGGCUUGUGCAGGAUUCUCCCACAAAGCAGGGGCUAAUUAGUCAGGAGGAACGAGAUUUGAUUACUUCUGCUCUGGGAUCGAGUGGAGAAGAUGGGCAUCAUCCGGAGAAGAAGCAACCAGUACCGUGGAAGAGAGUUUUCUCCUCUACGGCCUUCCUGGCUAUCCUGGUUGCCCACACAUGCAGCAAUUGGGGCUGGUACAUGCUCCUCAUUGAGCUGCCCUUCUACAUGAAGCAAGUUCUGGGAUUCAAUAUAAAAGAAAAUGCCUUGGCCACGGCUAUUCCCUUCCUGACCAUGUGGCUCUUCAGUAUGGCCAUCAGCAAGUGUCUGGACACACUGAGGAGUCGCUCAAUGAUCACCACAACAACAGCGAGAAAAAUAGCAACGCUCUUCGCCUCUGUUGUGCCAAUGUUUGCCCUUUUGGCCCUCUGCUACAUUGGAUGCCAACGAGGAGUAGCUGUAGCACUCAUGGGAAUCGCCAUUACAUCCAUUGGUGGGAUGUUCUGUGGCUUCCUCUCGAAUCACAUUGACAUUGCACCCAACUACGCUGGAACACUCAUUGCCAUCACCAAUACAGCAGCCACAAUCCCGGGAAUUAUCGUUCCUGUCUUUGUGGGACAAAUUACUCAUGGAAAUCAAACAAUCUCCGCCUGGAGGGUCAUCUUCUACGUCACCAUUGUCUUGUACAUCAUUGAAAUUGUUUUCUACCUCAUUUUCGGGUCAGGGGAGGAACAACCCUGGAAUAGGGGUGGAGAUGUGAAGAAACUAACUGAGACUGAUGACCCCGAGGGCGUCCCAUUGCGCCAGAAGGCAAGCCCAACGAGCUACACGAGUGAGAAUCAGUAAAUGACAAAACCUCACAAUGUUCUCUCAAUACUCUCUCCCUGACUUGUGGAUCACUUCCGGAGGAUAAUUCUUAAGAUAUUUUUUUUUAAAUGUUUUCUGUUUAUUUACAACAUUUCUUCAGUUUUCUGUGUCUCUCUCUACGUCCAGGAGGAUGCCAAAUAAAUUUUGUGCUUACCUUUUA